AUGCCCAGCAUUGCUAAUAUCACCUCAAGUAUUGUUAAGCCUAGGAUCACUAGGUAUUUUGAGUUUAAGCAGAGCAUGAUCCAGCUACUUCAUCCAAAUGGACAGUUCAUGGGACUGCCACACGAAGACCCCCAACAACAUAUUCUGAAUUUUAUGGAGAUUAGUGAUACCUAUAUCACUAACGAGGUCAUAUCUGAUUAUGUCAGGCUCACAUUAUUCCCUUUUUCUCCGUUGGGAGAGGCCAAGAGAUGGCUGAAGUCUGAGCCAGCUAACUCUAUUACAUCGUGGAAUGAUUUGGCUCGCAAAUUCCUGGCUAGGUUCUUUCCCUCUGGUAAAACCGCAAAGAUAAGAAGUGGGAUAGUUGUAUUCAAACAGAGAGAAGGUGAAUCAUUUUAUGCAGCUUGGGAGCGAUUCAAGGGGCUACUAAGAGACUGUCCACAUCAUAACCAAACCAACGAAGUACUAGCUUACACCUUUAUUGAAGGUGUGCACCCUGAAACAAAAAUAGUGGUAGACGCAGCAGCUGGUGGUCAAGUAUUGGAAAAGAGCUUUGAUGAAAUUUACGCGUUGUUGAACAAGUUUUCCAAAAGCAACCCAGAUUGGCAAGGGGAAGCAGGUAGACACACAACCCAUAAAGCUGCCGAGGUACUUGAAUUGGAUGUUAUAUCAGCACUAUCUACACAAGUAGCAUCUUUAGCAAAUCAAAUCAGCAAGAUGAAUGUGACCCAGAACCAACAACAGUUCACACCAAUGCAACAUGUUCAACUAGUACAACAAGUGCAGGUGUUUUGCGAAGUCUGCGGCGAGGGUCAUGCCAGUGAUGCCUGUCCAGCGAAUCCAGAGUCAGUAUACUUUGUGGGGAAUGCAAAUAGAGGUCAAGCUAAUCAGAAUCAGUAUGGUAAUACUUAUAAUCCAAAUUGGAGGAACCACCCAAAUUUCUCAUGGGGAGAAAAUCAGGGUAAUCAGAAUCAGUUCAAACCACAAGGCCAAUACCAGCAGUUUCGCCCACAACAAGCAGAUCAGUCUGCAAAUCCGAUGGGUAAUAUUGAGGAUAUGCUCAAGAAGAUUAUGGUUGAUAAUGAGAAUCAAACUACUGCUAUUCGAAAUUUAGAGCGACAGAUAGGGCAACUCGCUAGUGCCCAGAACACCAGACCAACGGGAGCAUUACCUAGCGACACUGAGGCUAAUCCUAAUACCACUAUUAAUGCUGUGUCAUUGAGGAAUGAUAGAGAAUUAUAA